AUGUGGUUAGAAAUAAGAAGACUUAGAGAAAUCACGGAGAGACGUGUCUCUGGGUGCGAGCUGCCUGAGCCGCUCUGUGUGUCUGCCAUCGAGGGACAUCCUGCUCAGGGAUCUGACUGAGGCCGGAGCCGCUGCUGCUGCCCCUGAAUCCGCACUCACAGCUGCUCCAGCAGACUCCCUCACCUCCAGUCAGCACAGUGCACUGCUGCCUCCGACUCAGCUAAGAUGGCUCCAUCUCUGGCCAUAGCUUUCUCCCGCCGCUGGUGGAUGGCGGUGACGGCGGUCAUAGAGAACCUGCUCUUCUCUGCCGUGCUGCUUGGUUGGGGAUCCCUGCUCAUCAUGCUCAAGUCUGAGGGCUUCUACUCGUACUUGUGUAAAGAACAAGAAAACACAUCAAGCCUCAUCUUCGCCAAUACCUCCACCCCAGCUGAAGAGUACCUGGAAAUGAAUGGCUGGUCCAUCUGCAAGGACCAGGACGAGAUGCUGAACCUGGCCUUCACUGUGGGCUCCUUCCUGCUGUCAGCCAUCACUCUGCCCAUGGGAAUCGUCAUGGACAAAUAUGGCCCACGGAAACUGAGACUUCUGGGCAGUGCCUGCUUUGCCUUUUCCUGCCUCCUCAUCGCCUACGGAGCCAGUGAUCCCAACAAUCUGUCCAUACUGAUCUUCUUUGCUUUGGCGCUGAACGGAUUUGGAGGCAUGUGCAUGACCUUCACUUCUCUCACGCUCCCCAGCAUGUUUGGAGACCUGAGGUCGACCUUCAUCGCCCUGAUGAUCGGAUCCUACGCCUCCUCCGCUGUCACCUUCCCUGGUAUUAAGGUGAUCUAUGAUCUGGGUGCCACCUUUGUCUCCAUCCUAAUGGUUUGGGCCGGCUGUGCCUGCCUCGUCUUCCUCAACUGCUUCAUCAACUGGCCUCUGGAACCCUUCCCCGGCCCAGAGGACAUGGAUUACACGGUGAAGGUCAAGUUCAGCUGGCUGGGCUUCGACCACAAGAUCACCGGGAAGCAGUUUUAUCGGCAGGUAACCACCGUGGGUCGCCGCCUCAGUGUCGGCAACUCCAUGAAGCAGCAGCACCACCAGCCCAAAGACCUGGCCACGCAGGAAGGCAACAAGCUAUGCCUGUCCACCGUGGACCUGGAGGUGAAGUGCAAGUCCGAGCUGGAGACUCAGACCUUCAUGAAAAGUAUCUUCAGUCCAAUCUUCAUGCUGAGCCUCAUCACCAUGUGUGUGACCCAGCUGCGCCUCAUCUUCUACAUGGGUGCCAUGAACACCAUCUUGGAUUCCCUGACGGAGGGGGACCUGAGCAAAGUGAGUGUUUACACGUCCAUCUUUGGUGUGCUCCAGCUUUUGUGUCUGAUCACCUCUCCUGUGAUUGGCUACGUCAUGGACUGGAAACUCAAAGAUUGUGAGGACGAGAGUGACAAGUCAGCCAAGAGGGAGCCUGGUGAGCCCCGCCGCCCUGAGAAAUAUACACAGAAGAUUGCCAACGCCACCAGAGCCUUCAUUUUCACCAACCUGCUCCUGGUUUGCUUUGGAUUCACCUGCAUCGUCCCCAACCUGCCCCUUCAGAUUCUGUCGUUCGUCCUGCACACAAUCGUCAGAGGCUUCAUCCACUCGGCAGUCGGAGGCCUCUACGCUGCUGUGUACCCGUCCUCUCAGUUUGGCAGCCUGACAGGUAUGCAGUCUCUGAUCAGCGCCCUGUUCGCCCUGCUCCAGCAGCCUCUCUUCAUGGCCAUGGUGGGACCCCUGGAAGGAGACCCUCUAUGGGUGAACGUGGGCCUAUUGGUGCUGAGCCUGCUGGGAUUCUGCCUGCCCCUCUACCUGUUGUGCCACAGCCGCAACCUCCAGCGCCUCAGAGACGAGCGCGACGAGGAUCCCAAGAUCUACGUCAAGAUUAACAAUGGCAGCAAGCCCGAGGCCUUCGUCUAGACUGGGAGAAAGAAUGGAGAGUUCAUACACCAAAAAGAGACAGACAGAGAGAGGAAGAAGAGAGGGAGGUUAUCAUAGCCUGAGUGACACUUGUGAAAAAUACACGCUGUCUGUCCAUUACAACCCCCCCCCCCCCACAAACACACACACACACACGCACACGCACAAACACACACACACGCUCACACACUCACACCUGACAUUACACUGCCAUAUUGCCAGUUGGCCAAACAUGACUGCACACCACUGUGACACCCAGUUCCCCCCCCCCCCCUCAUCUGUUGCAUAUACACUGUGAGAAGUGUGACACACACAUAAACAUCCUCUCCAGCCCUACGAUGAUGUGUGUGUGUGUGUGUUUGUGUUGUGCGUGUGUGAGUUUGUGCGCGCGUGUGUACUUCUUCAACAGCAUCUCUGUAUUGAAGAGGAAAUAGACUAAUGGGAGAAAGAGGAGGCAACUCUGAACUUUUUAUUUCUUCCCAAAUGUGUCCUCUCCAUCCCUCUUUUCAUUUUUAUUUCGCGCCGUUACACACGUCACUGAUAGUUGACUUUGUUAUCCUCUGCUGGUCCUUCUUAAAAACCAUAAAAGAAGAAGAGGACGACAAUGCCUGCCAAACAAUAUGUGGGAAUCUUCAGGGAAACAAAUUGUCAGUGACCAGUAUUGUGCGAGUAACCAUGGAGUAAGCUAGGGUGUAACUUUUGUGACCUCUGCUUCCUGAUGGAUUAUGGUCUAAAUUUAAAAUCAGCACGAACCAGUGUCUAAAGCGGCUGCCUGGUGUCUGUAUUAUUUUUGACGACUUGAAACAUCCUCUGGGGGACAAAAUAAAAGUAUAUACACACAAGCGCACACAAACAUACACAUACACACACACACACACACACACAAGUGGCACCACUGGUCCGGACGUCUGCUUCCUCCUGCAACUGGAGGGCAUUAUCUUAAUAAGAAUCCACAGACAGCAGUAUUAGUAGCAGUUGAGAUUGAAACACAUAGUAUGACAGCACAUGACACACAGAUGAAUUAGAGGAAAACACAUCCCCAGCAGUAGCUCUGUGUCUCUCUGUGUGUGUGUGUGUGUGUGUGUGUAACAUGAUGCAGUGUGAGGAAGUGUCUUCUGAUGUUUGAUAAACUACACUGCAUGAUGCCAGUGAUGACAUGCUGGUCCUUUAUCACACUUUCACUCAGUCAGUAGUGCAGGAACACACUCAGAAUUUGAGUAAAGUUUUUGUUCUCUAGGAUCAUGAAUUCCUUUUAUAUGCUCGAAAUAUGUAACCUUUAAUUGUUGUUUUCUUUCUUUCUUUUUAAAUGUAUUUAUUGCAAUAUGAUUGCAGAUGUACUGUUAAAUCUGUUUGUGCCCCACACAUGAUCUGAAGAUGUGGAGGAGGAGUUAUGUUUUUACACUGUCUAGACAGGAUGAAGAUAUUAGAUGUAGUGUGUUUUUAAAGGUUGCCUUUGUGUAGAGGUGGAGCCCCCUGUUGUUCUGCUUGCUACACACACGGGUUUUGGAAGUUUCGAUUUGUCGUAGCAAUAAGUGCUUCUGUGGGAUGCUGGGCAACCCGUAUACUCACAAUCACACACACACACAAACAGGCGUAUAAUCAACACGGGUGCUAAUUAAUCACAGAGAUGUGUUUUGUGUAUUUUGCUUUAUGAAGCAGUGGAAGUAAUUUUACCACAAAAUUGGCAUCCAUUUUUAGCAGUGGAUUUCAAAAGAACCAAUCAAGGUUCUAUUUCACGUGACUACAUUUCUCUCUGGGGUUUCUGAUAGAGAUUGUUGAUUCUGCACCAUCAGACACAGUGGAGCCUCUUGAAUUCACCAGAGACUGAUAUAAAGGGACAUUAGCUUGAAGAAAGAAGGCUUAUAAAGACACAUUCAGAACUUUGUCUUUGACUUAAAAGCCCAGGAAGCAGGAGUAGAGAAUGAUACAGGGGGAUAAUAUUUGCAUUCGGAUUCAGCCCGCUGUCUUCAGACGCCACACAGUGAAGCUCCAGAUAUUCUCUGCCUGGCAGUAAACUCACGGAGGCACUUCCAAAGACAGCCAUGACCCUCAGAGUGCCUCUUCAUGAGUACAGACGGUUGGAGGAGUAGAUUCAAUGUUGCACACCCAGUCCAUCCCUCCCUUAAUCACGUAUUCAUCUUUGUGUUGUUUUCAUCCACCCAUCCGUCAGUCCGCAAAUAAGUUGUGAGGUGUUUACUGAUGGCGGAGCUGAGAGACAAGCCUCUGCUGCCACUGGAGGCCCCCAGUGAAUGACUAAGUGAGAAACGAAUGGCACAUGAUGCACUUUAGUCCUCAAAAAUGGACCUCAGUCAUGUAUAUCUGAAUGGCCUGCCCCCCCGCCCCCCCUGCAUCAGACACACAGUGCAUGGCUGCUUAGUGGAGAUGCAUGGUUCAAAGAAUGUAUACUUAGAGCUUAAGAUGUAGACUUAUAAUUCAGAACAUGGGAAUGGAAAGAUGCUAUUAUUUUUUUAACUCAGAAACUGCUUAACAUGUUCAUUAUAAUGCCUUUAUGUGCGUGGACAGUGUGGCAGAGUCUUGUCUCUCGGCUCAGAACCUUUCGUAAAUGACCAUAUCACAAUUGUAGGACGCGUUCAUCCUCAUUGAUCUGCAUGGGUUUGAUAUCUAGCUCUAGGAUCAGAGAGAACUGUAUGGAGUCAAAUUGGUGCUGGAAUGAUCUAACUGUUUUCUUGGAUGUCAAAUAUAAAGGAACCAUAGUAAAGUAAUUGAAUAUUCUACAUUUAGAAUAAAACCAAAUUCUCAUUUGUACAUUUCUAUUCAUGUCGAAUUAAUGUUGAUCUUUGGAAAAUAAAAUGCAGAAGAAAGUAAUGAAUCCUCACACAAUGCCAGCACAGCAUAUAUAGAAAAUGUAACUUUUAUAAUUAUAGAUCUUUAUCAGAUAUCCUGGUAAACAUACAUUGAUAAUAUGCAGGAAUUCAUUACGGUCUUUUGUAUUCUUACCUCCGCCAAGGUGCUAAUGUUUUUAAAAUUGAAGGGUCAGAAUGACGAUGAAAAAGCAUCAAACUCAUUUGCACCCACCGUUGGUAGAGGGAUGGGACAUGGGUCGGGAAGGAAUCCAUUCAAUUUUGAUGUGAAUCUAGGUAAAGGGGCAGAUCCAGAUUUUUGUAUUACUGCCCUCAACAUUGUGGCAUUUUCUAGAUAUUCACCAGUAACUCAGGAAAUAAUGCCGAGAUAUUGAUGGAGAAAAAUCGGACAUAUUUAGGAUUAUUUGGCCUCAGCGGAUGUAUGCCCUCUACUGAUUGCAAUAGGGUGGUUGUGUUUGCAUUAUCCAUACAUUUACAAUUUUCUAUUAGUACAAAAGUACACAACUCAUAUCAAAAGAGCAGAUAUCAACCAUCCAAUUCUCCAUUGCAUUUACCCAAGGCACUGGGAUGGUUUCCCAAAUGUCCCUCUCUACAGUAGAUUUGAAAAUGUUAGUUUGUGUAUCUUUAUUUUUGCUUUGCAGAUACAAACACACACAGGGAUUUUUUUUCUAUCAGUAUUUGGAAAGUGUGGACAAAUAAUUACACUGGGAUUCUUAUACACGCACUAGAUCUGUGUUGUGGUAUCGUCUCUCUCUAAACUCCAGUCUUGUACUGGAGAGAUACAACAUGUGAAUCUGUAUAUAGAACAAUACAAAUUAUUACUAUAAAUCUGUUUGCUGUAAAACAAGUCUUCAAUUAAUAUUGAACAACUUGUUUCCAUUUGUAAUUCCAAUAUAAUACAUUAGACUUACAUUAUGGCACUAAUUUAACUCCAUAUAGAGCAUCUCCCUGUGUGCUGGUGUAACUUGACAUGCUGCUAACACAGGAGGUGACAGGCAGGUACAGAUUUUCUCUGAUGCAGUGUUUACCUGGGAAUGUGGCUGGUGUUGGACAUUGAGUUUUUAAUAUCUGCUCGGUAACCCAUCCUGAACUCUGUGACACAUUUACAGGUUCUUUUUUUCCUCAAACCACAAACUUCCGUUCACUGACAUAACCCGUAACAUUGUGAUAAUGCAGCAAAGAGUUAACAUGUGAAACCUUAGUUGGAAACUGAUCAGCACUUUCCCUUUACUGUGGUACCUUAAACGACUCACCCGUCCCCAAUGCCAUCACCCUCCCGGACUGAUCCUAUCUUCCUAGGAUAUAGAUUCUUCAUUAUAGUUUGGCUUAUUGACUGGUGAAUUCAUGAAUUGUUUGUCCUCUGAAGACAAAUCCUAGAGUGAGCAUUUGCUUGCCGAGGAUGUUUUUUUGCUUUGUGAUGAUAGGAAAUGGAGAUUUAAACUGACCCCGUGUUUCCACUUCCCUUCUGGCAUGUAUGUUUUGUAUCUUUUCUACUCUGUAUCAUGUUUCCGUAAUUUUUUUUCAUUUUCAUUCAUAUUUUUCUUGCUGAUGUUUACGAGGAUAUGUGUCUUCAUUGUCCUAUAUUUUGUAUAUGAUUAUCUUUUGUCUUGUGCCACAGUAUAGCCAUUUUCACCGACAUUUCAAAUCAUGUUGUUUCAACUGAAAGGAAAAAAAAAACAGAUCAAUAUACAAAGCAAAAUAAACACAAUAAUUUGUAUAAA